AGUGAUGUUAAAAGUGAUGUUUCUCUUCCUGUCUUUCUUGUACCUCCUCCUUUUUGUCCUGGUUUGCAUUUAGCUCACACCUUUACAGUACAUUCCCAGAAUGUUCCUGAGGAACUUAAUUAUAUUUCAUCCUCUACAUUCAACCAACAUUCAACCUGUGGAACAUGAUACUUAAUUAUAUUUGAACUUAAGUUUAACCUGUUAAACAUAAAACAUAGUUGUUGCAUCAGCCUGCUGCACGCUAUCAGUCGACAUGUCAGCAAUGAAUCGGACCUCUGGAAGGAAAGGCACUUUUGUAUACAUGUGGAGCAACAACACUUAGCAGAGGAGGCGUGACAGAGCUCCCCCUCUCCACCCCCAUCUGACUCACCCAAGGCAAGCCAGGAAGUUUGUCCUUCCUCACUACAGAGAGACACACAGACAGUAAAACAGAGGAUCAGAUUCAGCUUCAGACCAAACUAACAAUUACCUCUGAGUGAGUUCAGCUACAGGAGAGAAAAGUGGAAAACUUCAACCCUGCUGCUCCAACCUGCUGACACUCCACACACUGACGGCGAGUUGGACUAUAAACACAACUCAAAGUGAAAAUAAAUUUCAGUGGAGUUAGUAGAGGAGGGAGGGGAGCCAUGACUGACUGUACUUUCUGUCUGCUGUGUUUUCAGCUUUCCCCAGAGAUAAAAUGUCUUCCAGAUGAGAGGAGGAUCUCUGCUGAUCUGACUUUGUUUUUUUGAUGUCGUGACAUAGGUCUUCAUUUCUUGUACCUGUUCCUUUUGUCUUGGUUUUACAAUACGGGAUUCGGGAGUCUUUCUCUCGGGAUUUUACAGGACAGGAUUUGGGGGGGCAGUCACGAGAUCGGGAUGUGACGGGAAUAUUUUCGUGGGCUCCGGAUGGGAUGGAAGAGACGAUUGAUUCCCGUGUCACCCUCUUACUAUCAGUCAAUAUAUCCAGCAAUGAAUCAGAACUAAGGAAUGAGACACACCCCGUGUUUCAUGUGAAGCAACAACACUUAGCAGAGGAGGCGUGACAGAGCUCCACCCUUCACCUGAGGCAAACCUGGAAACAGUUUGUUUUUGGUCCUCGCUACAGAGAGACAUAGACGGAAAAUUAGAGGAUCAGAUUUACCUUCAGACCAAACUAACAACUUCCUCUGAGUGAGUUCAGCUACAGGAGAGAAAAGUGGAAAACUACAACACUGCUGAAGAUUCACUCCAGAGACCAAAUGGCUUCCAGAUCAGAGGAGGAUCUCUGCUGUCCGGUCUGUCAUGAAGUCUUUAGAAAUCCUGUUGUUCUGACAUGUAGCCACAGCUUCUGUAAAGGCUGUCUGCAGAGAUGGUGGAGACAGAAACAAGCUCGAGAGUGUCCAGUCUGUAAGACAACAUCCUCAAAUGCAAAACCACCUUGUAACCUGGUGUUGAAGAACCUGUGUGAGGCCUUCUUACUGGAGAGAGAUCAGAGAGCUUCAGAGGCUCUCUGCAUUCUGCACUCUGAGAAACUCAAACUCUUCUGUCUGGACCAUCAGCAGCCAGUGUGUCUCGUCUGCAGAGAUUCAGAAAAACACUCCAACCACACAAUCAGACCCAUUGAUGAAGCUGCACGACAACACAAGGAGGAGCUUCAGGAAACUCUGGAGCCCUUAAAGGAGAAGUUAAAGAGUUUUAAACAAGUUAAAAAGGAGUUUGAUCAAACAGCAAAACACAUGAAAGUCCAGGCCCGACGCACAGAGACUCAGAUUAAGGAUCAGUUUAAGAAGCUUCACCAGUUUCUAGAAGAGGAAGAGGAGGCCAGGUUGGCUGCACUGAGGGAAGAAGAGGAGCAGAAGAGUCGGAGGAUGAAGGAGAAGAUGGAGGCUAUGAACAGAGAGAUAGCAGCUCUUUCAGACACAGUCAGAGCCACAGAGGAGCAGCUGAGAGCUGAAGACGUCUCAUUCCUGAUCAACUACAAGGCUGCAGUGGAAAGAGUCCAGCAGCGCCCCCUGCUGGAUGAUCCACAGCUGCUCUCAGGAGCUCUGAUAGACGAGGCCAAACACCUGGGCAACCUGAGCUUCAACAUCUGGAACAAGAUGAAGGACAUGGUCUCCUACACUCCUGUGAUUCUGGAUCCAAACAUUGCUGGUCCAUAUCUCAUCCUGUCUGAAGAUCUGACCAGUAUGAGAGUAGGAGAGGAACAGCAGCUUCCUGAUAAUCCAGAGAGGUUUAAUUAUCACCACUCUGUCCUGGGCUCUGAGGGCUUUAACUCAGGGACUCACAGCUGGGAUGUCGAGGUUGGAGACAGUACACACUGGUCACUCGGCGUGUUAGCAGAGUCUGCCCAGAGGAAGGGAACCAUAGAGUCUGGAAUAUGGAGAAUAAAGUUCGAUGAAGGUAUAUACUUUGCAGAGUCAACAUCAAGUCCAUUCCCCUAUAUCUUAAAGCAGAAGCAGCUCCAGAGGAUCAGAGUGACUCUGGACUGGAACAGAGGAGAGCUGUCGUUCUCUGAUGUUGAUACUGACACACACAUACACACCUUCACACACACUUUCACUGAGAAGAUGUUUCCAUUCAUUAACACUUGGAGUAAAUUGAAUAUAUUACCAGUGAAGGUGUGUGUGACAGUGGAGCAGAGCAGGUAGAGUUAAAGAGGAUGAUUAUAUUCAUGAUGUUUAUUUAUUGAAGGGCCUUUUAAUCUGAACCUGUCAUCCUAAUGUCUCAUUAAUACAAAAUAUGCUUAGUUUUUGUUUCACUUAUUGUUUGAUGAUUAGUUUGACAAUCUGCAUGAACAUUAUCUGCAUCAACUAUGUUACAGUGCUUCAUGUGUUGCAGUCUAAAGCAAGUUUAGUUUUUUUUCAUAUGUAAAAUGAUUUUUCGUUUUUCUUUUUAUCGGUACUCUUUCAUUUUAAAUUG